GUUUUUUUUUUUUUGUUUGUUUUUCCUUAAAAAUAACUUUUUCUUCCCUAUAGAUUAACAUGCAUAUUGUUGUCAUCAUCACGCAUAUAUAAAAAAGAGACACAUACUGAGAAUAACAACGAACUCAGAAACAUAUGGUCCCCUCUCUUCUCCUUUUCUCGUAAGAAAACGUGAUUUCUAUUUUGCAUAAAGGAUAUGAAUCGCUGAUAUCCUGUGUUUAAAGAUCCGCUUGGAGCAUUUUUCUUCAGGGUUUGUUUUUAUUUUUUCUUUUUUAAAUAAAAAGAGAGUAUGGAGUUUCAAGGAUUUCCACGAAUUCAUAGUAUAUUUUAUGCAGUAUUUGACAUUAUAAAAGGAACAGUAGUUAAACAUCAAGUACCAGAAGGAAGUAUUACAACUCAAGAUGGAACAGGAAAGACACUGAUUGAUUUUGAAGCAAUAAGUGAAUAUGUCAUUCCAAAGAAACCACUCUAUAAGCGUCUAGUGACAAUCUGCACAAAUGGAUAUAAGGUGAUGGGUUGUCCUGUUGUAUUGCACGAUCAUGAAAAAUAUCAACAUUUCAGAAACGAGUUUCGGUUCAACCUCUGUUUUGUAUUCGAACAGGACGCUGAAACAAGUAGUUACGAAGCUGUCGUUAGAAAACUGUCAAGGGUACUUGAGGGCUUAGAACUUGAGUGUAAUUUUUUAUCACAGAAUGUUCAUUCUGAAUUACAGACAGUACAAAAUGUGAUUGAGCAGCUAUUUGAAGACUUGAACAGUUAUUGUGAAUGCCAAAUACCAAUAAAUACAUUUAAUACGAUCAACCUGAAGCUAUUUCCAACUUAUCCUAAUCCACAGACGGUACGUGACUAUCAUGUCCCUGUUUGUACAGUAGAUAUAAAGAAAAUGAUGAACCUUAAUUGGGAUAUCACAGUACAAAAAGUGGCUAGUCUUAUCAAUGGCAUCUAUCAUGUAAAACGAAUAGCUGAAAUAGCCAAUGUUAAGCCAGAGUGGGCACGACAAAGCCUUGAACACAUGAUGUAUUAUGGGUGUAUUAUCUUGAUUGACAUCUUUCAAUAUUCAAACAUUUAUGCAGUCAAGCCAGAAAUUACAAGACUAUUUGAUCACAAGUCAGGGCUUGCUCAAGAGUGCUUAAAGUAUAUUAUGCUCCCAAAUACUCCUGAAAUAUCAACUGAGCGCAUGUAUGCAUUAUAUUGUGGAUUUAAAUAUGGACAGACAGUAAAAGAGUGGAUGGAAGAACAACAAGUGGCGAAUUUACACGUAGACGAAAGGUGACUCGGGCUUUGUUUUGUAUUAAGGAUGCGAGAGCUAACCUAAAUGAU